AUGAAGAGGCUAUAUCAUUUCUCCUUCUUCUGCAAAACCGUGUCUUCCACUCGUUCUCCUCACCCCAACGAUGCUGCCCUCCUCUUCGCCAUCUUACCUUACUCGCCCUCCGCCGCCGGCGCCGCAUCCGCCACUGGGAAGUACAUGUUCAGGGCCCAAUACCUCAUCCACUCAUGUGGCUUCGACCAGGAGAAGGCCACUGAGGCCUUGAAGCUUCUCAAGGGCAUCCAAUCCCGGCAGCAGCCCGACUGCGUUCUUGCUUUCCUCAAAAGUUACGGCUUCGAUGACGCAUCAGUAAAAAGGCUCCUACUUUACUUCCCCAAAUAUCGUCUUUGGGAUGUAGAGAAGACACUUGCCCCAAAGUUCCGAGCUUACGAAGAUCUGGGUCUCUCCCCAUCCGACAUCGUCCACCUCUUCCGGAAGAAUCCCUCCUCCAUCAGAAUGAAACACGAACGCAUUGUAUCUAAGAUCGAAUUUUGGCAAGGCCUUCUCAGCUCCAAGGAUGCACUGGUGAAGUCGAUCAAGAGAAACCGAGGGAUUCUUACGUGGAGCAUUGAGAAGAGGAUCCAGCCCAACCUUGAGUUGCUUCGGGAAUGUGGCCUGGACGACCAAAAGCUCGCCUAUAUCUUGCGGAAUCGCCCGAUGAUCCUGUCACAUAAUGCUGAUUUCUUGAAGUCCUUGGUUAGUCGUGUGGAGGACUUGGGAGUGCCACGGAUAUCGGGGAUGUUCCAUUGCACUCUUUGUGCACUCGUCACGGUCAGUCCAGAGAAGUUUAAUAUGCAAAUGGAAUUGUUCCGGAGCUUUGGGUGGUCAGAGACCGAUUUUGUUGCGGCAUUCCAGAAAUGUCCUACCUUUCCCCUAAAGUCUUCGAUGGCUUUGCAGAGAAGAAUGGAAUUCUUGAUAAAUGAGGCUGGAUAUGCCUCUUCUUACAUAGCUAUACGUCCAAUACUAUUGGUAAUGAGCUUGGAGAGAAGGCUGAUUCCGAGACAUGGGAUCUUGGCAACCUUGAGGUCUAGGGGGCACUGUGAAAAUGAUUACAAAUUAACAGCAUACAUGAUGCUUACCGAGGCCAAAUUUGUAGAGAAAUACAUUAUCCUCUACAAGGACAGGUGUCCAGAUCUGAGUGAACUCUAUGCAAAGCUUAAACCACUCUAA